GAGAGAGAGAGAGACAGAAGCCAGAAAGAUUCUAAAUUUCAAACUCUUGUAACCAGAUCGGAUCGGAAAGUUUCAUACUUUAAAAAGAUGCAGACACCAAACAACAACGGUUCAACAGAUUCAGUGUUACCACCAACAUCAGCCGGAACAACACCACCACCACCGUUGCAGCAAUCAACACCACCACCUCAGCAACAGCAACAACAACAGUGGCAACAACAACAACAAUGGAUGGCUGCGAUGCAGCAAUACCCUGCAGCUGCUAUGGCUAUGAUGCAACAACAACAGAUGAUGAUGUAUCCUCACCAUCAAUACGCUCCUUAUAAUCAAGCUGCUUAUCAACAGCAUCCUCAGUUUCAAUACGCUGCUGCUUAUCAACAGCAACAACAGCAUCACCAGAGUCAGCAGCAGAAACAGCAGCCACGUGGUGGAUCUGGUGGUGAUGAUGUGAAGACUCUUUGGGUUGGUGAUCUUCUUCAUUGGAUGGAUGAGACUUAUCUCCAUACCUGUUUCUCUCACACCAAUGAGGUUUCUUCUGUGAAAGUUAUACGCAACAAGCAAACUUGUCAAUCUGAAGGAUAUGGGUUUGUUGAGUUUCUUUCACGUUCAGCUGCUGAGGAAGCUCUUCAGAGCUUUAGCGGUGUAACAAUGCCGAAUGCGGAACAGCCUUUCCGUUUAAACUGGGCAUCUUUCAGUACUGGUGAGAAAAGAGCAUCAGAGAAUGGUCCUGACCUAUCAAUAUUUGUAGGAGAUUUGGCUCCAGAUGUGAGUGAUGCUGUCUUGCUUGAGACUUUUGCUGGUAGAUAUCCAUCUGUCAAAGGUGCUAAAGUUGUGAUCGAUUCCAACACCGGGCGUUCCAAAGGUUAUGGGUUUGUCAGGUUUGGUGAUGAGAAUGAACGAUCAAGGGCUAUGACAGAAAUGAAUGGUGCUUUCUGUUCAAGCAGGCAAAUGCGUGUUGGUAUCGCAACCCCGAAGAGAGCUGCUGCUUACGGCCAACAAAAUGGUUCACAAGCUCUGACACUGGCUGGUGGACAUGGAGGAAAUGGUUCACUGUCUGAUGGAGAAUCAAAUAACUCAACAAUAUUUGUUGGUGGCCUUGAUGCUGAUGUUACUGAGGAAGACCUCAUGCAACCUUUUUCCCAGUUUGGGGAAGUUGUUUCAGUGAAGAUCCCAGUAGGAAAAGGAUGUGGCUUUGUCCAAUUUGCUAAUAGGCAGAGUGCUGAAGAAGCCAUUGGGAACUUGAACGGGACAGUCAUUGGGAAAAACACUGUCCGCCUUUCGUGGGGACGAAGCCCCAACAAACAGUGGAGAAGUGACUCUGGCAACCAAUGGAAUGGAGGAUAUUCAAGAGGUCAAGGUUACAACAACGGAUAUGCUAAUCAGGACUCAAACAUGUACGCUACUGCAGCGGCUGCUGUCCCGGGAGCUUCUUGAAAGUGUUGGUAUGUCUCUAUCAUCAGAAAACCCGUGAGUCCUGGACUUACGGGCAUUGGGAUAAAAACAAACCAUUGGGUGAUCAAAGUGAUCCAUCCAAUGAUAGUUGUUGGUUCAGAGGUUAGCUCGCACCAUCGAAACUAAAACCUCUAGUGUCCAAAGAGGGUUUUGUAUCCUGGAUUUGAAUCUUGCUUAUCUUGCUGUCUCAGUCUCUGUCAAAAUUUUGGGGUUGUCUGAUACUUGAAUUUUUAUUUUCAGUUUUUUAAAGUUUAUUUGUCCUUGUUACUGAGACUUCCUCAAAGUCAGAGUUUGGUCCACAAUAAGUAAUUUUCCCAAAU